GGGGCCGCCUCCUCCUCCUCACGUGACCUGGCGCCAUGGUUGCGCUGCCUGUGGUUGCUGGUUGGUCUUAGAAAUGAAUCUUCAUUUCAUUCAAUUAUAGAUAAAAAACAAUUCUAGUAGUUAACGCUAAAUUUCUGGCUCAAUGCGAGAUAAUAUUUUUGUGACGUAUAUAUUAAUGUACAUUUUUGGAAUCGUGUUAAGCUGAAAUGGCAGAUAAUUGCAUUGCAUGUUUAAUUAAAAGUCCAGUUGCACUACAGAGUGGGGAUUUGAAAACGGAUUCAUCAAAGCCUGGAGUGUUUGUUAUAGAGGUGACUUUUCCAAAGGAGAGAAUUACUAAUAUUGAGAAAAUCACGUUUAAGAAUUAUUAUACUGCAUUCUUAACAAUACGCCUUCAACAACGAGUGUCUGGAGAAUCUGACAAAACUGUAUUGAAGUGGAAGACUUGUUUACGCAACAUGUGUCUGAUGUCCAAUCCUCACACCGAAAAUGGAUCACAAGAUUACUUUUCCAUCUCCAAACAACAGAUGCUUUUUGAACCAAAUGAUGUAAUGACAAUGCGGCUGAUCCUGCGGCAGCCUUCCCCAGUCUGGGUGAAUUUUACAUUGGAAGAUAUUAAGGUAUACGAGUACAAUAUCAACAAAAAUCAAGAACAGGGACCGUGGCUUCCUAAGCUCACUCUAUCAGAGCAACCUUUGAACUUAAGUGAUGGAUUACCGGAUCCAGACGUGGUAGCUUCAAGUGUACAACAGAUGUGGGUGUUGACUGAAAUGGUCCAGAACAAUUCAACGUCCGCCCGUGUUGGACGCUUUGAUGUGGAUGGUUCCUACGAUGUCAACAUGCUAUCCUACAUCUGAAUGUUUCAAGAAUUGCUGUUCCCCCUGGGAGGAUCAGAGCAAUCAAAUUACCUUGUUUUGUGAUUGCCUGCAACUUUACAGGCAAAGUACUUGAUGCUCCAACCGAAACAUGAGCUAGUUUUCUGCUUUAUGUCUGAGUGGGACCAACUGAACUCACUUCACAUCAUUGUAUUAACUACUCUACAUUGUUUUAUAUGUACAGUUAAUAGUGUAACAUUAUGUUGUAAAUGUAUACUGUAUAGAUUGCAGCAAUGUUUUGCAAAUUUUUCACGUUUUGUUGGCCCUAGUUGCUUGAGCCAACACAUUGUUUUGCUAAAUUAUGAAAAUAAACUUCAAAACGUUAA